AUGGCAGAACCUUCUAAAGAUCGAACUUUGGCACUUAAAGUGAUGCGCCUGGCUCGUCCAAAAUUUCAAGAAAGCACCUGCAUACCGGUUGAUCCAGCUGAUACAACAAGCCAGCUUAUUGCUUCCACUAUUUGUCGUUUUACAGGACAGGAAGCUGCUGAUAUGCCAAUUGGAAAAUGUCUCUUGGCACCUCAAAAAUUUGAGAACAUUUAUCUAGGAGAAACGUUUACUUUUUAUGUUUCUGUUCAAAAUAUUAGUGAUAAGAUUGCAACGAAUAUAUGUGUCAAGACUGAUUUGCAAACUACAAGUCAGCGUCUUGCGCUUUCUUCUCAACUUCAAGAAGCCAAUGCUACUUUGGAGCCAGGAAAGUGUUUGGGAGAAGUUAUCAGUCAUGAGAUUAAGGAAAUUGGGCAACAUAUAUUAGUUUGCUCAGUGAGUUAUAAGACAUCUAAAGAUGAGUAUUUUCGCAAGUUUUUCAAAUUUCCUGUUACAAAACCAAUCGAUGUUCGCACGAAAUUCUACAAUGCUGAAAAUAAUGAUGUAUAUUUGGAAGCUCAAAUUCAGAAUACUUCUGAAUCACCAAUGAUUAUGGAGAGAGUUACUCUAGAACCAUCUGAUUUCUAUACCAGUUCAGAAAUAUCAGCAGACGAAACUAAAAAUAACAUUAUUGCGCAAUCGUACAUUAAUCCUGGUGAUGUUCGACAGUACCUUUUUUGUCUGAAACCUAAAACGACAGAUUAUUCUCCAAACUGCUUCAGAACUAUUAUUAGGAAUGGCACAUCGAUUGGUAAAUUGGAUAUGAUUUGGAGAAGCACUAUGGGCGAAAGAGGCCGUUUACAAACGAGUCCCCUGCAACGAAUGGCCCCAGGUUAUGGAGAUUUGCGUCUUACAAUUGUUAAAAUCCCUGCAAUGGUAAAAGUGUUGCAACCGUUUAUCAUCGUUUGCAAAUUGCAAAACUGUUGUGAUAGACCAUUAGACUUACUAUUGACAUUGGAUGAUAAGUUUCAAUCAAACAUUGUGUUCUGUUCAACAAGUGGUGUUCAACUAGGACAACUGCCGCCGAACAGCACAACUAAUUUUGCGGUGGAGUUAUUGCCCCUGUCUCCUGGAUUACUGUCCGUCUCGGGUAUUCGUGUAACGGAUACUUUCCUCAGGAGAACGUACGAACAUGAUGAUAUUGCCCAAGUCUUUGCAGCAUAA